UACUGCAAUUUUCAUUAUUUAAUUUGGAAUCCAGCUCAACUAUGGAGUAUAUCAUGUUUGCGUCUCCAUAAUUAAAUGCUACUUAUUUUCCAGGUGAGAGUUUUUCGCUUUAAAUGCGCUCUCUUCAAGUCAAUUUCUGCUGCGUAAAGUUGAGUUUUGAGAUCUGUUGUAUCCAAGGAUUCUAGUCAGGAAAAUGUGGGUACAGCUUUGCCCCAGACUUCCCUUUACAGUUCGUCAGGGGAAUUCAAGUUAGUUCCAAGCUCUGAUGGCGACGAUGGAGCUUCGUAUUUGAGCUUCAAAGGCUAAGUUUCUCGUGAUGUUUCAAGGAAAAUUACUUCACUUGCAUCACCAUCAACAUUGUACAUGUGAACCAUUCCUCAUGGAACUCUGCUCUGCUCAACUGCUUAAGUUAAUCUUCAUAGUUUUCCUUCUGCCUCUAGCAUGUGCCGACUUGAACUCGGACAAACAAGCUCUUCUUGCAUUUGCUGAUGCAGUGCCCCAUGGUCCAAAGCUCAACUGGAGCAACAAUACUGGCAUCUGUACUUCUUGGGUGGGCAUCAACUGUACUUCUGAUGGCAACCGCGUGUUUGCUCUUCGACUUCCUGCCAUUGGACUUAAAGGUCCCAUCCCAUCCAGCACGCUUGGAAAACUUGAUGCAUUGCAGAUUCUCAGCCUUAGAUCUAAUCGCCUCAAUGGAACAUUACCAUCCGAUCUUCUUGCUCUUCCUUCCCUCCAUUAUCUGUUCCUUCAACGUAAUAACUUCACCAGUGACAUUCCAGCUUCCUUUCCUCCCCGUCUGAUUGUUUUGGAUCUCUCAUUCAAUUCUUUCACUGGCAGUAUCCCAGCUGUUAUCCAGAACUUAACACAGCUAACUGGAUUGAACCUUCAAAAUAACUCCCUCUCUGGCCCCAUUCCAAAUGUUACACUCUCGAGUCUAAAACAUUUGAACAUAAGCUACAAUCAUCUCAAUGGCUCUAUCCCCUCUUCCCUCCACACGUUCCCCAGUUCUUCAUUUUUGGGGAACUCUUUCUUAUGUGGGCAGCCUCUGAAUCCUUGCUCACCAGCAUUUCCUCCCUUUCCUUCCCCACCUAUUGGCCCUAAAAAACAGAGUUCUAAAAAGAAACUUCCAUUGUGGGCCAUUAUUGCCAUUGCAGUUGGAGGCGGUAUUUUACUGAUACUUUCUGUUGCUAUCAUACUUUUCUGCUGCUUGAAGAAAAAGAGUAGCGAUCCGAGUCAUGUGACAAAAGCAAAGUCUUCUGGUGGUGGAAGGGGUGAAAAACCCAGGGAAGAAUUCGGUAGUGGGGUGCAGGAGCCGGAAAAGAACAAGCUGGUUUUCUUUGAAGGCUGUUCUUAUAACUUUGAUCUUGAGGACUUAUUACGGGCUUCUGCUGAGGUGCUUGGAAAAGGUAGUUUUGGCACAGCAUAUAAAGCCAUCCUAGAGGAAUCAACAACCGUGGUUGUGAAGAGGUUGAAAGAAGUAGUGGUGGGGAAGAAAGAAUUUGAACAGCAAAUGGAGAUUAUAGGGAGAGUUGGGCAGCAUCAAAAUGUUGUCCCUCUUCGUGCUUAUUAUUACUCCAAGGAUGAGAAACUUCUUGUUUAUGAUUAUAUCUCAGGGGGUAGCUUGUUGACACUCCUCCAUGGAAACAGGGGCUCGGAAAGAAAUCCCGUGGACUGGGAAACCAGAGUCAAAAUUGCUCUGGGUGCUGCAAGAGGCAUUGCCCAUAUCCAUUCUAUCGGAGGUCCUAAAUUCACCCAUGGAAACAUCAAGUCCUCAAAUGUCCUCAUCAACCAAGACACAAAUGGCUGCAUCUCCGAUAUCGGCUUAGCCCCCCUCAUGAACUUCCCUCCCGCUUCCUCCCGGCACGCUGUCGGAUACCGAGCUCCAGAAGUUCUGGAAACCCGAAAACACACUCACAAAUCAGAUGUAUACAGCUUCGGUGUACUCCUCCUUGAGAUGCUGACCGGGAAACAACCUAUUCAAUCUCCAGGGAGAGAAGACAUGGUGGAUCUCCCAAGGUGGGUUCAGUCGGUGGUGCGGGAAGAAUGGACCGCGGAGGUUUUUGACGUGGAGCUGAUGAAAUUUCAGAACAUUGAAGAGGAGAUGGUGCAGAUGUUGCAGAUCGGGAUGGCUUGUGUGGUGCGGGUCCCAGAUAUGCGACCGACGAUGGAUGAGGUGGUGAGAAUGAUCGAAGAGGUUCGGGUAUCUGACUCUGAAAACCGACCGUCUUCGGAUGAUAACAAAUCCAAGGAGCAGACCCCUUGAAUUGAGCAUGUAAGUUUGUGAAGAAAGAAUAAAAUUUAUUUGAUGUGUACAUGCAUGGACUUGUGCAAAGAUUGAAUUAGUUUUACUUCUCGCUUGGAGGGCUUUUGUGUCCCCUUCCCGUUUGUUGCAAGAUUUUUAUAAGACUUUCUUAGUGAUAUUGAUGGAAAGUGGAAGCCGUCUCAUUAAUUGGACAAACC